AUGGGCCGGAUAUUAAGGGCGUCAUUACCUAUAUUAUUCCUCGUACUCCUUCAUUUUCUCGAGGCUCGCCAGAUUUUCGCUAACUCGCAACGAUGGAACAAAACGCCAGGCAAUCCCGGCGUGCGGAUACGACUGACCAAGAAGGGGAUCAACCACUUGAAAACCGUGGCCGUCAAGCUGUUCAACGAGCAGAUCAGGAAUAUUAGGGGCUACUCAUCCCAGUAUCCCUUCAACCACGCCGGCAUCAACGGCUUCGUGAACCUGCAAAACGUCCGAAUUCUGCACUAUCGACCGCCACAAUUCUCCGUCGUCAACUUUAUGCCGCCGCGGUACGCCGUGUUCGGCCUCGAGAAUAUGGAUAUGCAAUUAGCCGGAUCGUUUGACGGAACCGCGCCGCCAUUCCAGGUUUCCGGUUCUGUCGACGGCUUCAUCCAGGGGAUGACCGUGGCUCUGACAUCAGAAUUUUCCAGGAAUGAAGCUGGCAUGGUAACUGUCCGGGUCUCCAACUGCUCCACGAUCAUCCAACAAUCCCAUUUCAACAUCUACCCCACCGGCCCGACCGGCGGCCUGAUCAAGGCGUUCGAGGCCCAAAUCAACGAGGGUAUCGGCAGGAGGAUCCCGAAUAUGUUCUGCAGAAAGCUGAAGAACCUGAUCGAGACAAAUUCGCCGAAGAUCUUUGCGAGACUAAGCAAAACCAAUUUGCAUGAGAGCUUCAAGACGCCGAUCACGGAGAGCGGGCUGCUGCAAGAAUUCAUCCAAAACUUUGUCUCCGGCCUCUACAUUGACAAUCGGAACAUUGCCGAUCCGAUCGUGACGUUUGAGUACUUUGAGAUGCAGAUGAAGGGCGAGGUCCGGUAUGAGGACAGUGAGUAUUCGACGCCGUUCUUCCCAAGACCGAUGCUGACCCCCGAAUCUACCGAUAGAAUGCUGUACUUCUACGGCUCGGAUUAUCUCUUUAACUCCCUCCUCUACCAUGCCUACCAAAAGAAUAAGCUCAAUAUGGAGUUAAACUCCGACAAUCUUCCCGAACGCUACAAGGGAUUCCUAUCGACGGCAUGUGCGAAGCGGAAAGCCCGUGAUGUCGUCAGCCAGUAUUGUAUCGGGCGGCUGGUGCCGGCUAUUGCGGAAGCCUUCCCCGACUCAAAUACCUCCUUCGUCCUCCUCCCCCACGGACUGCCAGAUUUUCAGUUCAACGGAGAUGCCGGGGCCAUUACACUUUCGACCCGAAUCAUCACCUACGUCGACGACAACGGGUUCGAACGCCAGAUCAUGGUGGCUUCAGCGGAUGGGCAGGCCGAUUUGCAGUUGCUCGCCAAGGAUGGAAAGUUAUCAGGCGACAUGAAGCUGAACAAGCUGAACGUGCACCUACAUCGCAGUAACCUGCCCGACCUCGACCCGUCCACCAUCGAGGGUCUCGCCCCGCUGGCGAAGAACUUUGUCGUCCCUCAAGUCGGGCAAGGGCUAAAGCGCGGAAUACCAUUUCCGAUCAGGGACCAACUUGAAUUCGUGAACCCGACGCUGCGGGUAGACGAUGGGUACGUCGAGCUGGCCGCCGACUUCAUCCUCAACGAGGCCGUCCUGAAAAAGAAGAUGGCCGCCGCGUUCACUAACAUUAAAAUU